AUGCCUACCCACCCCCGUAUCCAACCUCUCGUUCCCGCGACGAGGGGUCUCACGGUCCUUCCCUCCCAUCCCAAGGCCUCGGCUCUGCCUGCAGCCCAGUCCAAGCAUAACAAUCUGGAAUCUGCCUUACUUAAGCUUCCCGACGAGCUUUUGCUGAUGAUCCUAAAGCUCAACCAUGCGAUAACUGGUACUUUCGUGGAUACAAAGUCCAUGAGGCAAGUCUGCACAAGGCUUGAUCCUAUUGGCGCAGAGGUGCUUUGCAGGCACAAGCCCCAUGAUGGGCGCUUCAAGAUAUAUGUCGGUCGGUCCGAUCUUCACGGUUUGAAAGGCCUGAAAUGCAUCGCAGCAAUCGCGCGCGGCACUCGCAUGGGCAUGUUGAUUCCAGGAGUGACAUUUGUCUACAAAAGUGCACCACGGGAUGCCAUUUACGCGAAUUACAGUACGAGACCUUCCACCGCCGAAACACUGCCCCAUAUGACAUCUCUGCUCAAGGAGCGAAUAGAGCAUUACUACCUUCACCUGCUGUUAAUAUACGUCUUCAACUUUAUCAAAAGCAUCCAGAGCAUCACAUACUCGCAAGACGCGGACUUGACCAUGGCCAACGCCGAGGCGAGCCUUCAGGAGGACUGGGAUAAAUGGGAUAUGCAUUCUAUCGCGACUCCAGCAUUCGCCUUCUGGCCGAUACGCGUUCUGCUCGGCGCAAUCAAGGACGCGAAUGUCGAGCUUAAGCAGAUCACUCUAUUGGAGGUCCAAAUGCUCUAUCCAACACGCUUCCACACCUCCACGCAGCGCGAGCUGGAGUUCCCGCAGCCGUGGAUCCAUCAAUUACGAAAUCUGACAAGCUUAUCGCUCAGGCUUGCCACCGUUGUCGAGGCGCUUAUCACAUCGCUGGACAACGAUCCGGCGUAUCCCGGUCCCACGCACCUCAUCGCCAUGCUCAAAGGCUUGCCGGCUCUGAAGACCCUGAAAUUGAGCAGCACCGAGAGCGAACCCUCCGCGUGGCAGCUCGGCCCCAUCCUCCGCGAGACUUUCCCCUUUCGCCUCGAAAGUCUCCGCCUUAGGCGCUGUGUCGUCUUCAAUAUGGAUGACCUGGCCGGCUUCAUCGCCAGGCACCGGGCCGAGGGGCCGUUUUCCUUGACCCUUAGGAACAUCGUGGUCCAUUUUGUCGGGCCGACAGACGACGGGGUGGAAAGGUUAGAUGUUUGGAAGGGGUUUCUGCGCUUUCUGGCCAAGCAUGCGACGGCUGACACCAGGCUGAGCCUCCGCGGCUUGUUCAGUUACUGGCACCCACUGCCUCCGUUCACCGAUGUGAAUAUUGCUGUGGAUAAAGUCACCUCCCGGUACCUGAACCAGCUUUCUGCUCUGCCCAAUGAUCGGACAGUACGGGAGCUGCUCCAUGCAGCGAUCAAGGACCUGAAGGUGUCUACCUGGAACCAUCUCCUCACCACCGAAGACCUUUAG